GUGAGUUCAUCCAAUAUAAAAAAAAAUGAUACGUAGAAAUUUAUUUUCUUCGCCAAACGCACUCUAAUACACAGUUUUGGACAGGACCGGACCGGAACCGGCAUGCCCAAAUGGAUUGGCAUCACUUUACGGCAAUGACGCGUCAUCUCUUCUCGAACUGGAACUAUAAUAAUUUGCCUUUCGUUUCAAGGAAAUAGAAAAAUGGCCACGACUCUCUCGGUACGACCAAACCGCGCCAUCAUCGGUGGUCAACCGCCCGGUUCAUCCCGACGCAGGUCACUCUGCCGCCGACCCAACCCGGCUCACUCUGCUAACAGGAUCAAGAAACUCGGCGUCGGGUUCAUCUCCCGCCGGCGAACCUUGCAGACGGCCGUUCAAGCCGGAUCGAGAGCAGACGACUCGGCUCCGUUCGAGAUGUCCGUGGAGAACGCCCUGAAGCUGCUGGGAGUUGCAGACGGCGCCUCCUUCGAAGAUAUUCUUCGUGCCAAGAGUUCGAUAGUUUCUUCAUGUAAAGGUGACCCAGAAACCAUUACAAAGGUGGAAGCUGCAUAUGAUAUGCUGCUGAUGCAGAGCUUGUCACAGAGGAGAGCUGGGAAAGUUGCUGACAAAUCUAUCCGUUAUGCAGAUGUUAAGAAACCUGUAAAUGCUCGUAGAAUGGGCUCAAUUCCUAAUUGGUUGCAGAAGGCAGUCAGGGACUCGCCCGUUUCAUUCCAAACACCAUCUACUGGUGAGCUGGCUGUCCAAGCCGGGGUGUAUGGAGCCCUAGCGGUCUUAGUAUACGCAAAUGGAGGCCCAGCCUUUCCUGAAGCUGCUUAUGCAGGAGGAGCAGAUCUCCCUGGCCUGGUUUUGGCCACCAGUUUUGGAGCAACCUUGUACUUCAUCACCAAGAAAAAUGUUAACUUGGGGAAGGCAAGUCUUGUAACAAUCGGUGGGUUGGUGGCAGGGGCAGUGGUUGGUUCUGCUGUUGAGAGUUGGUGUAAUGUUGAUAUUGUCCCAUUUCUUGGCAUACACAGUUCUGCAACUCUUGUGGCUGAAUUCAUUAUUUUUUCUCAAUUUUUGGUCUCUUUGUAUCUAAGAUAAAUAGAUAACAAUGGGUCAUUGGAAAUACACAAGUCAUCUGCUUCAUUUGUACUAGUACGUGUCAUUUGCCACCUAUUGUAGAAAUGGAAUAAUUGUGUGCUUGCUUAAUUAAAUGUACAGCUCUGUUGGGUCUACUA